GAGGGGGCUUGCCCGCCUGUCCCUGCCCCUCUCUCGCAGACGGAGCGAUCUGCGGGGGAUUCACUCGCUUUCACACCCUGCCCUGGCUCCACCAGUCUCUCGCAGACAUGCAGCUGGAGAGGAGGCGGCGGCUCUCGCUGUCCCGCUGCUGAGCCCUGCGCCCCGGGGGCUGCUUGGGGCGGGGAGGGGGUGCCCCUGUGCGGACAAGCCCUACCAUCUCCCCCCGCCCGGGGCUGGGAGCAUCCAGCUGCCCCUCCCUGCCCUUACCCCCCGCGGGCUGGACAGGCUCAUGCAGCCCUUCAGGGAGAGGCUAGUGGUUAAACCUGGAGCUGGAUGGAUGGGUAUGGGGAGAGGGGCAGGAGCCACAGCCCUGGGAUUCUUCCACAUCCUCCCUGUCUUUCUCUGCAUCUUCCCUUCAGCAACGUCUCCGUGCAAGAUCCUGAAGUGUAACUCUGAGUUUUGGGCCGCCACAUCUGGCUCUCACCACCUGGGCACCGAGGAGGCGCCCGAGUUCUGCACGGCUCUCCGGGCAUACGCCCACUGCACCCGCCGCACCGCUCGCACCUGCAGGGGGGACCUGGCCUACCAUUCUGCCGUUCAUGGCAUAGACGACCUCAUGGUCCAGCACAACUGCUCCAAGGAUGGCCCCACCUCACAGCCCCGUCUCCGGACGCUGCCUCCGGGAGACAGCCAGGAGCGCUCCGACAGCCCGGAGAUCUGCCACUACGAGAAGAGCUUUCACAAGCACUCAGCGCCCCCAAACUACACCCACUGUGGGCUCUUCGGGGACCCCCACAUCAGGACUUUCACAGACAGCUUCCAGACCUGCAAAGUGCAGGGGGCUUGGCCACUCAUAGACAAUAAUUACCUGAAUGUCCAAGUCACCAACACACCUGUGCUCCCCGGCUCCACAGCCACUGCAACGAGCAAGCUCACCAUCAUCUUCAAGAGCUUCCAGGAAUGUGUGGACCAAAAAGUGUACCAGGCAGAGAUGGAUGAGCUCCCUGCUGCCUUCGCGGAUGGCUCCAAGAACGGCGGUGACAAGCACGGUGCCAACAGCCUGAAGAUCACAGAGAAAGUAUCCGGCCAGCAUAUUGAGAUCCAAGCCAAGUACAUCGGCACCACUAUUGUGGUGAGGCAGGUGGGCCGCUACCUCACCUUUGCUGUGCGCAUGCCCGAGGAGGUCGUGAACGCCGUGGAGGACAGAGACAAUCAGGGUCUUUACCUCUGCCUGCGGGGCUGCCCGCUCAACCAGCAGAUCGAUUUCCAGACCUUCCGCUCUUCUCAGUCCACGGAGGGUCGGGCUCGGAGGAAAGGGCCCAGCCUCCCCGCCACCCCCGAGGCUUUUACAUAUGAAACGGCCACAGCCAAGUGCAGGGAGAAGCUCCCUGUGGAAGACCUGUACUUUCAGUCCUGCGUCUUUGACCUCCUGACCACGGGAGAUGUCAACUUCAUGCUGGCUGCUUAUUAUGCCUUUGAGGAUGUGAAGAUGCUUCAUUCCAACAAGGACAAGCUGCAUCUCUAUGAAAGGACACAGGACCUGGGUGCGGGCAACCUGGCCCCCUCAGGGCAUCCCCAGGCCCUCCUCGCCCUCUUGAUGGCACUGGUGUGUUUGAGUCAGUGCUGGUCAGUGUUCCUAUAGGUGUUUGCCCUGUCUCACCUUGGAGGGCAGGGACAGGGGCAGCAGGAGGGGAUGAUGGAUGAGAUGGUUGUGCUGGACAAGGAGAGGUUGAACAGCAGGUCCAGCCGGGAAGUACAAGAUCAUUCCCGCAUCUCAGCCCCUCCUUUCAGACCUCCCUGGGACUUCGCCAGGGAGCACGCCUGCCCCAGAGACCGGUCGUCAGCUUGUGCGGGGCCUUGCCCCCACUUCACCCUCUCCUCCCGCUGUGAGUGAGGAGGCUGGGAUGGCCCCAUCUCCUCCUAGCUCCCUCGUGGUCCUGCAAACGGUUGUGGUGACUGUGCUGUUGGCGUUCGUGCAAGUGGCUUUGUGUUAGGGGUGUCAGCUGCUGCUGGGACGAGGGGACAGUGCUCCGGCAACAGGGGCUGGUUAGAUGGGCACACACUAGGAAACCCUCCCAGGACACAGACAGCCAGGACCAGGUUUUCAGCCAGCUCCAUGCUGCUCUCUGUGGCCACACGAGCUCUGCUCCCACAUGCUCCUGCUAAGGGGCGUGAGUUUGGGAGCGCGCGCCUACAGACGGCCCCCAGUCCUGCUGGCACAUCCGAGUGCAGAAUAUCACACCUAGGGCCGACAACAGUGCCCUUCAUGGCAGAGCACCCCCAACUGUACUGCUUCUGUCCUUCAUGAAAGGCCUACCCCUCCCCAGCACCUUGCUCAGUGCAGUGCGAUGUGCUCGUUCAUCCUUCGCUACCCAGCAUCGUGUCCGAGGUAGCAGUGGGAUUUGCCCUAGUUCCAAGGACUUCUCCCAUUUCAGGCCAGUUAACCCUGCGAUUCUCUUAGUAGCCACAGGGUUUAAUCCCAGGGUCUUUUCCUGCCCUCAGCACCCUCCACCCAAACCCGGAGAACUCCAGGUGCUAAAGGAGAAACUUGGCCAGUAUUUCAGUGGCUUCUGACCCUUGCCCGUAACCUCAUCCCAGCAUGUCGAGGGCUCAGUGUGCCAUCACCCCUGGAUUCGACCAGCUCCCAGGCUGCUCCAAAUUGGUAACCCAGGGGAAGCAAUUACAUGGGCUGGGUGUUUUGUGGGGAGGCCCCCAGGAAGUCCCUGAUUUGUAUGGUGGGGUGAGAGGUUACGUUCCUCCUCCUGCCCUGUGCUGACAGGCCAAUGCACCUGGGGCUCACCCCUCUUCCACCUCCCAGCGGGGAGGCUCUGAAUCAACGGGGCUGAGGCAGAACCCUAACAUGGCAGUGCCCAGGGACCAGGCAGGGAGUUUUGCUUGACAUUUGUUUGCUGCUAGGUCCUUGCUCCUCUCCUAGUUCCUGGGCCUUGGCUCGUGACUCCACUUCAGCCCGGUGGCACCUUGAUUGUGAAGGAGGUGCUGCUGGAGCAAUCCAGGCAAGGGACAGAGCGCUCCAGAGAAAUCUCAGCUGCCCAGAUCAUCUUCUUCCUGGCUCUGAGGCAUCGGUUAUCUGCUACCCACAGAAUGUGGCUCCCCUUCCUCUUCCCCGUGUCCUUUCCUGGUCCACCUCAUCGCCUGCUGAACAAACAAGACCAUCUUUACCUCCGUCUGCGUUUUGGAGACCUCCAUGGGCAUUCCCUAUUCAGCUCCCCCAUGGGAAGUCCCUGAUGACCACCCUGGAAGCAUGUGAAGCUUGCAGGGGCAGCCAGUGAUGGAGGGAUGGUCUCUUAGUGGCACCAGAUGAGCCAGCGCCAAGAGGAGGUGGCAUGUGCUCCACCGUGCAGCCUGAACUGGUGCCGUGAUGGCAGCCUGAUGUAAAUACUCAAGUGACUGUUCAUUGUGUCCUAACAGCUCUAGAACUACAUUUGUAAAGCAGCAGAGAAAGUGUGUCAUUGGAUGUAAUUUAUAUUGUCUCCUUAAUAUAUAGAGCCCUGGCGUUGAUCUCGUGUGACUCUGCAGAUGAAGAGGUGUCAUUGGUUUUUAAAUGUUUAAAAAAAAAAAAAAAAGAAAUGAAAAGAUGUGUUUACUACUUUGCUCCUUGCUUUGUUCGCUGGUGGCCCCUGUUUCUGUCUAGGGAGAUUCUACAAUAGGGAUAUCCCACCAGUGGGGAACUGGAGAGGCCAGUCGCCAGCCCGUGCCCCUGCAGAACUGGUGGCAGCUUGAAAGGGAAAAAAAAUCAGCUAGCUCAUGCUAGAGUUAGUCAUUUUUGUUCCUCUAACUCCCCGCUGCUUCACAUAGAAAUUGGAGAGGUGAAUAUUUACAGCCACGAUCAAGCCGUGGGGUACCUGCCACACACCUGUGUACCCCACCAGAAGCACCAAGUAUUUAGGGCUGGUCUCGCUACAACAAGUAGUGCCCUAAAUACAUACCCCAUUUCUAUUAGCCACUCAGAAUCAGACAAAAUAGCCACAUGAUUCCAGAAAAUAGUGCUGCUUGCUGUACCGUCACCAUAAACGUCCCUUGCCAUGGUUGAGCACUGUAGUCCGGAGGAAGAAAGUCUUUCAGGACAUUAACUGACUCUGUAUUGCCCAGUUCCUCCCAGUCAAGUCAGUGGUUGGGCUAUCCCUAUUUUAGAAGCAAACAGUUAAGCACUUUAUUUUGGUUUUGUUUGACCCAGUUCUGGUUAAAGGUGAAGUAUGGCCAAGGAAGACGUGAUGGUUGGGAGAUGGGGGGUAGAGAAAGAACCUCCCAACUUCUCUUUGUGUUUUGGACCUGUGUGGGAUGUUACCGCAUGUACAUACUGUAAAUUAUUUAUUGACAAAAAUGCAAGUAAAGGGGUUUUGUUUUGGUUUUUUUUUUGGACAACAA